AUGUCACGAGUCAACGAUGAGUUCCUCUUUGGCGCUUCUACUGGUCUGCUUGAGCACGGAUACGGUGAGCGCAAUGGCAUCUCUGAAGGGCACGCCUAUGUCGUCAUGGAGGCUCGUACUCUAAAGUCUGGCCAGCGCUUGGUCAAGCUUCGCAAUCCUUGGGGUAAGGUCCGCAAGGGUAUUUGGGAGGGAGCUUGGAGUGAUGGCUCCAAGGAGUGGACUACCGAGGUGCAGGAGGAGAUGGACCACAAGUUCGGCAGCGACUCUGUUUUCUGGAUUUCUUAUGAGGAUCUUAUUCGGAAAUAUUCUCACUUCGACCGUACUCGACUCUUCCGCGAUCGAGACUGGCGAUGCUGCCAGCGCUGGAUUGGCGUUGAUGUUCCGUGGAAGGCGGCUUACCAUGAGAAGUUCCACAUCAAGUUGACCAAGGACUCGCCUCUUGUUCUGGUUCUUUCACAGCUUGACGGUCGGUAUUUCAAGGGUCUUCAUGGACAGUACUCCUUCCGUCUUCACUUCCGACUUCACUACGAGGACAGCCCCAAUGCCGAGGACUACAUUGUCCGGUCCCACGGCAACUAUCUCAUGGAGCGUUCAGUUUCUGUUGAGCUACCUGAUCUCCCUGCCGGCAACUAUGUCGUCUACCUCAAGGUCACUGGCGAGCGGGACUCCAACGCUCAAUCUGUCGAGCAGGUCGUCAAGCGCGAGGCUGCCGACAGAACUGAGAAUGAGAAGCUCGCUCAGGUUGGCUACGCUUAUGAUCUAGCCCACAGCAAGGCUUGGGACCACAUGGACAAGGUCACCAAGCUUCGACAGAAAAAGGAUCAGAAGAAGGCAUCUGCCAGUCGUCAGAAGGAGCGUCGCCGCAUGUGGGAGAAGCGCGCUACCAACCGCGACGUCACCAAGCAGCAGACCAAGAAGAACGCGGACAAGAGAAAGCGACGUCGCGCAGAGUGGGAGGCUGAGCAGAACCGUCUUGAUGAGGAGUUCAACGCCAAGGUCAAGGCUGAGCGCGAGCAGAUGAAGAAGGAGAGGCUUGCUAAGGCUGAGGCUGAGAAGGCUGCUGAAGCUGAAAAGAGGGCUCAAGAAGCUGAUGAUGAGGCUUUGAGACAGAAGACUGAGGAGAUCAAGAUUUCGGAAGACAAGGAUGAGCCUGUCGUCGUUGAUGAGCACCACAAGGAUCAUGACGACGCGGUUAUUUCCGUCUCAACUGGAUCGCCUCACUUGACUCCCAAGUCUAUGGACUCUACAGCCGAGGGUGCUGAAGAGAAGCAGGAAGUUCCUCCAGUCAGCGGAGGACCUCCAGCUCCCAUCGAGGAAGAAGAGCCUUUCCCUAUCCGCCCUCGGCCUGCCUACGAUUCUGCAGGCGAGUCAUCCGACUCUCCCGUUGAAGACUGGGAAGCUCUCUACAGCAGCGACGACAUGGCUCGCAAGCCUCGCCUUACACAAGCCAACCAAGCUGCCGCCCAAGACGACUACGACUCGGAGGAGGAAAAGAUGCCAGAGCCCUGGAACGCGAUCUGCAUCGUCGGCGUGCGCGUGUACUCCAAGGACGAGAACCUGGAGCUGCGCACCGUCAUGGAAGGCGGUGAGCUUCUAGAGGGCGGCAUGGGCUCCAAGGGCGCCGCAGAUCUCGACAACGCUCAGUCCAACGCGGGCGGUGGACGAGCCGACGACAAGGAUGCUUCCAAGACGAAGCAGGAUGACGACAGGUCGUAUCCCCCCGUCAUCCGCAAAGACGGGAAAUACGUGGAAGAUGAGAAUACAUCUGGAGAGAAGUAUUCCUCUAUCCAGAGCUAUUUCCACAUUGACUCUGCUUUUACGACGAGGGUCAAUUCUCCAGCCCCGACACCUUAUGAGCAUGAUCGGAGGUUGGAGUUCCCUGCUGCUAGCCGAUAA